UAGUGUGAGGUUGACGUCUUACCACUGACAAUAAUAAUCACUGGUGGAGGAGUAAGGAAGACUAUUGUUCUCAGGUUGGCGAACACUUCUCAUUAAGUGAAACACUGCUGAGUCUUCUGAGUUCUUGCAGGUUUGGACAUCACCAGCAUCAUCAUGAGCCGUGAAGACAAAGGGUCUUAUCAGGGGUUUGGUGGUGCUGGCAGCGGUGAAGCAAGAGACUUCCUCGGAGGGUCGUCGUCAGGAACUCCGUACAGAUCUGAUUUGUCUUCACUGGACCCGGGAGCACAGAUAGAGAUGUCAGCUGCUGUUUCAGGAGUUGUUCCUGAUGACACGUUUACUGUUGAUCAAGCUGUCAACGCUCUUGGAUUUGGAAAAUUUCAGGUGAAACUCUCUCUUAUCACUGGACUAUGCUGGAUGGCAGACUCAAUGGAGAUGAUGAUUCUGGCAAUCUUAGGCCCUGCACUACACUGUGAUUGGCACCUUUCAGAAUGGAAGCAGGCUUUCCUCACCACUGCUGUCUUCAUUGGGAUGAUGCUGAGUUCGGCCUUCUGGGGUAAUCUCUCUGACAAGUAUGGGAGAAAGAAGUCUUUAAGAUUGGCAGCGGUGAUGUUGGCUUAUUGGGGAUUACUCUCUGCGUUUGCCCCCACAUAUAAUUGGAUUGUGUUAUUGAGAGGACUUGUGGGAUUUGCAAUUGGCUGUGUACCUCAGUCUGUAACCCUGUAUGCUGAGUUCUUACCUGCUCACCAGCGUGGCAAGUGUGUUGUGUUGCUUGAUUGUUUUUGGGCUGUUGGAGCUUGUGCAGAGGUUAUCCUGGCCCUGUGGGUGAUGCCAACCAUGGGCUGGACAGGGCUCCUGGCUCUCUCUAUCAUCCCUCUGGUUCUCUUUGUGAUUGUCUGUCAGUGGUUACCUGAGAGUGCGAGGUUUGAUGCUGCAUCAGGAGAAUCAGAAAAAGCUUUAGCAACUCUUCAAAAGAUUGCAGAUGAAAAUGGAAAACCAAUGUUACUGGGACGUCUGAUUGUUGAUGAUGUUGCUCAGAUGAACCGUGGACGAAUAAAGGAUUUAUUGGUUCCGGACCUAAAAUGGACAACACUGCUCUUGUGGUUUAUUUGGAUAUCAUGUGCCUUCUGCUACUAUGGUGUGGUGCUUAUGACAACAGAACUGUUUGAAGCCAAGGGUAACCUCUGUGCUCUCUCGGGCAUGAACAGUGCUUUCACAUGUACAGCAGAUUGUCGUCCUCUCAGUUCAGAUGACUACCUUGACCUUCUUUGGACUACAUUAGCUGAAUUUCCAGGUAUUUUCUUUACCAUUUUGGUCAUAGAGAGACUUGGAAGAAAGACAACAAUGGCCCUGGAGUUUAUAAUAUUUGUUAUAGCCAUCGUCAUGCUGUUCAUCUGCACGUCAAAUCGAACGUGGCUCACUUUCAUACUGUUUAUGGCACGUGGCAUCAUCUCGGGAGUGUUCCAGGCAGCCUACGUCUAUACACCAGAGGUGUAUCCAACAUCCCUGCGAGCAGUGGGUGUGGGGACGUGCUCUGGCAUGGCUCGUUUUGGUGCUAUGUUAACACCUGUUGUUGCACAAGUCCUAACACGCACUUCUAUACACCUUGCUACAGCAACCUAUGGCAUUGUGGCCAUUCUUGCCAUUGUUGCAGCAUUGAUGCUUCCCAUUGAGACACGAGGCAGAGCAAUGACUUAAUUUUUAAAAUUUUAGAACUCAUAUUUCUUCAAGAUUCUUCUGUGGGAACUUUUCAAAGCUUUGGCAAAUACGCCUGCUGAAAGCAGUACCCUACCUUGAUAGAGGAGAGAUACUGUGCUUUACUGCAUCAUAUAAAUAUGAUAAUUCACCUUCACAACUGGAUCCUAAUGCAUAUCUACUUUGUAAAAAGGUACCAUAAAAGGUAGAAGGCUUGACAGUUUUGGCGUGAACAUAAUAAGAUGCUCUGACCCAUUUAUUUGUUAACAUCAGUUACCAACUUAGUUCUAAAGUCACCCGUAGCACAGCAUGGGCAUUCUGUUCCUGCUUUAACCUUGCAGACAGCUAAGUAUUCUGUCUGUGGUAUUAGAGUUAGACACUUAUAUAGGGUGUUCUGUGGCCACACAAGCCUGGGUACUAAGUUAGAUUUUUUAGAGUGUUUCCUGUUAUUAAUGAUUCAAGUUCUCCGUUAACUGGAAGGUAGUUGUGGGGUCAACACCUCCUUGUACAGAGUAAUACAAAAAUCUAAUGCAUAGAUUACCAUAUCUUUUAUAAAAUAUUGUCUACCAGAUAAGGGUUCUGACCCAAGGCUACUAAGAGUUGAUCCUGGUUUAUUUUUUUGGUGGAAUCUCAGGUAAGUUUCACAUCAGGUGUUUACACUGGGUUUCCUGGCUUGGGGUUAUCAGAUCUGCACAUACUAUAUUCAGUGUGAAACAUGUUGAACGUGUUUAGAGGCUUUACUUGCUAUCUAAGGGCAUCGUCCCACUGGAACCAUUUUUUAAAUUUUUAUUAUUAUUAUUACAGUAGUAGAUUUAUAUGAAAUUUUAUCACAUUAAAUAAUGUGUUAAAAUUUCAGCAGUGUUUCCAUUAAAAUUUCAACAAAUUUGUGUGAUAAGAUUUGUUUAUUAUUAUUUUCUCUUUUUAUAAUCCAAAUACCUGUAUAGCAAAUGGUUUUGAUGGAAAUUAUUAUGGCUUUUAAUGAUAUAAAGAGCAUGGACUGAUGAUACUUCAAUACUAGAACCAAACAAUUAUACCCAUUCAAUGAUGAGGAUAAAAAUCCUUCAAGAUUUAUGGCAUUUCCAUCUAAUUAGGUAUAGUAAUUUUUAAUUUACUUAAUUUUUAUCCUCUUCACCACUGAUCGGCUCGUUAACCGCUUGGGCGAUCGGUCACGUCUCUGUUACUUUUCCUUUUCUUUUAUCCUCUUCACCAAAUGAU